UGGAGCCGAGCGGCAGAGCAGCAGCACCAGCGCGCAGCCAGCGCCAGCCGCCGCUGAGCCGCCUCCCUCCUGUCCAGCGGCGCCGCCCGCUCCGGCCUGCGUGCGGGGGCCGGCCGCCGAGCACAGCCGCGCCGCGCCGGGGGCGCCCCGUCCCCAUCCCCAUCCCGCAGCCGGGAGCUCCGAGGAGGCGGAGGCGGAGGCGGAGGAGGCGGCGACGAAGAAGGCGGGGGCGGAGGAGGAGGCGCUGACGCAGCAGCGUGGAGCCCGGGACUCGGGCGCCCCGCCGGGCUCCAGCCGCUGGAUCCAUCCCGGUCGGGGCCUCCGGCUGCCCUGGGCCGGGCCGGGCCGCGCCGCGCCGGGGCCGCACGAGAGGCGCCGCGGACUGGACAUGGAUCCUAUGACACAUGCCCGGAAGAAACCACUUUUCCUACUGAAAUAUCCAGCUCGUUCUGCCAGCCAGGCUUUGUCACCAAUAGACGGUGAAAGAAUGGAUAGGACCGAGGCAGAGUGCAGUGAACGAGGAGACGGAGAUGCCACUGAAGCUCAGAACUGUCAAAGUGGGCUUCUGGGUGCAAACAAAAGCAAAAAUUUGCAGGAAGUCAGAAAGACGUAUCCCUUGAGAAAACGUCUAAUCCCUUCUGUGGACAAUAAAACCUGCAAAGUGCUCCUCACUCGACUAGAGGAUGUGGCUGGAUCGUUAUCAAAAGAGACCCAGAGUUGUACAACAAAGAACCUUCCCAGUUGGAUGGAUGACUUCAGACCUGCCUGUUACCCAGAACAAGCUCAGACUGGGGGAGCAGGGGAAAGUGAUUCAUUUGGGGGAAAGUGCACAAUAACUUGUCCAGGGACAGAACAGGAACUUGAUGCUGCUCCUACAGAGCCCAGAAAACGAAGACUAGCCUCAUUGAAUGCAGAGGCAGUGAAUAACCUGCUUUUUGAACGGGAUGAUGGUUUAUUAUCUAGCAGGCGUUUUCGGAAAGACUCUGUCAAAGUCGGUGGAGAUUGUAGCAUUAAGAACUUGCAUUGCAAAGCUGGCGGCAAUUGGCCCCCUCUGGAAAAAAUAGCUGUAAAAACAGUGAAGGGGGGUAAGCACAGCAGUGAAUCGAGUCAGAAAUGUAAUAGCUGGGCCCAUUCAUUGGAUGAUGUCUUUGAAGAUGGAACAAAGAGGGAGGAUACUGGAAUUUCCUAUCAUCCCACCCCAAAGAGACUGGCCAGUCUCAAUGCAGUGGCAUUUUUGAAAUUGACUCAUGAAAAAGACCAACCCCUGAAGCAGAGGAGUAAAUCAGACGGAGAAGGCAAGUCUGAGAACCACUGUUCUAAAUCAAGGCUCAAGUGGGCCAAAACCAAUAGGAAGAAUUGUGUCAAAUCCAAAAAGGAAAUGUCUAGUUUAAAGGUGGAGGGCCAGCAUGGCUGGCAAGGAGUUUCUACAGGUGCUUUUAAGAAAGCAGACCUUCAGGACUCCUCUAGACUCUAUGGGACAGCAGGUUCUCUCCAUUAUGAACCAUUAUCUAACUCCUAUGCUAGCACAGAGGGUCUUUACCACAGACUGCCUUUUCUUAUGGGUGGGCAAGCUUCUAUGAAGCCUGAGUAUGGAAGACCAGGAGAGAAAUCUCCUACUCCCAAACAGGAAUUUCAUCAGCCUUCCUUCCCAGUGCAGCAGUUCCCUCCUUUGCCUGUGCCAGGAAGUCACACGGAUUGUGGAUGUCUCUGUGAAUCUUCAGAUUUGACUCCAUUGAACGGGUUUUACAUUUAUUAUGGCCAAAGUGGAUACAGUGGCUAUUCUCACUGCUCAGUUUACCCUAAGGAUGAGCUUUCACAAUCUGCUACCUGUGAGGGGCUCUUGGUAUCUCCAGGUUCCUUGCCAUCAGGUCCUUCUUUCCAGCAGCUUCACUGGUGUAGCUCUCCCUACUGUUGUGGAGAAGGAACAGCUAUUAACAGUUACAGCCUUUGUGGAGUUAUGCAUGUGCCAGAGAGCAGGAUUAGCAAUGUGCAUGCAGGACGGAACAGCUAUCCCUACAAAAUGCCUUUUGCAGCAGAAGGCUGCAAGUCUCUGGACCAGCUGAGCCUCACAAUCCCUGUGGCAGGCCACCCUGCAUCACCUGCCCACCCACUCUCAGGAUGUCCUGUACCCAGUGUGCCACCAGCUGCAGAACCUGUUCCUCACUUGCAGACCCCGAACUCGGACCCCCAGACCAUGGCCCGAGAAUGUCCUCAGAGCUCCAAGCCCCCCAGUGGCUCCAAAUCUGGGCUCCGGAAUACUACAGGCUGUUUGCAUGCCUCUGACAGCAAAGCAGCAGGAGGGCACUGUCAUCCAAAGCAGCAGCGCAUCAACAGGCGGAGAGCAACCAACGGCUGGAUGCCUGUGGGUGCAGCCUGUGAAAAGGCUGUGUAUGUUGUGAAUGAACCAGAGCCAGCUAUUCGUAAGAGCUACCAGGCUGUGGAGAGAGAUGGGGAAAUUAUCCGGGUACGAGAUACAGUCCUUUUGAAAUCAGGACCACGAAAGAAAUCUAUGCCAUAUGUGGCAAAAAUAUCAGCACUGUGGGAAGACCCCAAAACAGGGGAGCUGAUGAUGAGCCUUCUGUGGUAUUACAGGCCAGAGCACACUCAUGGGGGCCGCAAUCCCAGCAUGCAUCAGAAUGAGAUCUUUGCAUCCAGGCAUCAGGAUGAAAAUAGUGUUGCCUGCAUUGAGGAGAAGUGCUAUGUUCUGACCUUUGCAGAGUACUGCAGAUUUUGUGCCUUGGCAAAGCGUCGUGUUGAGGGGAUCCCAGGCAGGAAAACAAUGAUGGUUCCUCCAUCAGAAGAGUAUUCCACACCUCCACACCGCAAGGUGCCAGAGGACACUGAUCCAGACCUGGUUUUCCUCUGCCGCCAUGUCUAUGAUUUCCGACAUGGGCGCAUCUUGAAGAAUCCACAGUAGCGAAACUCUUCAGGCUGACUAUGGUGAUAAGUGGCACCAGAAAGCCAAUGGCGAGUUGACCAUCUGGAACAUCCAUGCACUCUCAGCAACUUUUCUAGUGCUGCUUGCAGGCGAGAAGUAGUGUCUAAGUGCUCCUUCCUUAGACUGAAAAAAUCUCCAUGUUCAGGAACAAGUCCCUGUUGAGGAAGGCAGCAGUUGAAAGCACAGCACUUCAUUAAAGAGCAUAAAUUAAGAUGUACCUAUAAAAUAAAUAUAUGUAUAUAGAUAUAGGUACUUGCAUAUGUAAAUCUAUAUCUAUAUAUGUAUUUAGAGAUGCAUAUAUUGGAUGGGGAUUUGCAGGGGAUAAAAGCCAGUAAACUGAAUCCAGAGCCAUCAUUGGUGGGAAUGGUCAGAACGUGUAGGAGGAAUGCUGUGGUGCACUGAAUAAGUCAAGCUGUGAUAGGUCCAUGGUUUUUAUGUCCUGAUGUGAAGAGUGAGGACUGAGACCAAUUCCUUUGCAAAGCACAGGAUAGUCAUGCUUGCCCAGCAGAAAAGACAGUUCAGAGGAUUUUUGAUGAGACUGCUACUUUGAAAAACAACACUUCCUUUUGAAAUUGCCUGUAUGCAAAGUGGCUUUUGCCAUGAUGAAUAGUUUUUGCAUUGUAAGGGGAGAGGGGAACCCCUUUUCUCUGUACAAUUGUUCUGUAAUCUGUGAUUUACCACAGAUUGAGGCUUUUCAAGCAGGCCUUGAACUGUUCCAUCACUGAGGGAGGGAGAGGGGGCAGGGAUUAUAAACUUUACAUCACACCAUUAUGGAAAGCUGCAUGUCUGCCAUAGCCAUCCUUACCUCACCCCUGUGGGUCACUCUUGCCCACCAGGUACACCUACCGCAGGUGUGUCCUGCUUUAGGUGCACGCUCAAUGUGUUCUGUAGGUGAAAGCCAUGUUUGUCUUCUCUCCAGAAUGGCAGUCUCCUUGCCCAAAUGGUCCUCAGCAGGCUUCCCUGAAAUGGUCAAAGUGGUUUACUCAUUCCCUUCCCAGUUCAGCUGUCUUUCUGGUAGUCGACAGUCCCUGUAGAACCAAACUCUCCCCUGAACGUGGAGAAGCUGGAGGCAGUGGGAACAAAUGGAAACUGUUUUCCUUGGGCUUUUUAAUUCUAAGCACCUGACUCGGCUGUCUGUCUUGGGUGUGGUUGCACUGUUGAAGAAAUUAGCAGUGCUGUCUCUUGGCACUGACUUUUUUUCCUCUCCCCUGCCACUCAUACUGAUAUCUGAGCUUGCUCACCAAAGUGGCUUUGUGGCUUCUGAAAGGAACUGACCAAUGAGAGGUUUGCAUUGUUGAAAAAUGCUACCUGAUUCCUACAGACAUUUUUGCCUCUUGCCUUAUGUGUAUAGAUUCUAGAGCUACUUUAGUUUAUCUUAACACAAACUAUUCAAGUUAAUUCUAAAGAAAACCAAAGGACAGCAUAACAGAGUCCAUUGAACCCGUCACACAAACUGGGAAUCUAUUUGUAGAUUGCACUAAUUUAAAGAAUGAGAAUCAACACUGUAACAGUCCGUGUACCUGCUGACUGCUGGAGUCACUCAUUUAAGCUAGGGACCUGCAUUUUCAGUUUUUGGGGCUCCUGAGCUAGUGUUAAAUGAUAGAAGUGUUCAUACUGCUUUAAUGUUGUUGUCCUUUCAGUGGAAGUAGCACUACCUACCCUCACCACAGACACUGACAGAGCUGGAAUCGAGGGUUUCCCUCUUGCUCUGGCUUAGGCUCUACCUGCCUGGUCUACAGAAAAUACUAUCACAUAAAUCCCGUUAAGUGGAAAUGGCGCAGUCUGUGUUUCUGCAUGCACAGGAGUUGCUCUACGUACCAAAGAAGGAAAUGUGUAUGGAAGAUGAUCUUAAAAGAAGAGGAAGAUUUGACUCCCACUAGUGGGGGACAGUGGGGCACAUGUCCAGCCAGUCUCAGUGGGCAAUUCCUGCUCAAAGUUCCAGAGGAUAGUGAAAAAUCCCAAAGUCUUGCCAGUGUGCCCCAGGGGGAAGCUCCCAACCUAAAUGUGUUAUAAGAGGUUUAACCCUAGGUAGGUAAGCAAGGAUCUGUAGGUUAAGCAUCUUAAUCCAUUUUAUACCUCAAGAUACCAUUGGUGUCAAAGUUUGUUGUUCGUAUUUCCUUAACAGUUAAUUUGGACAUUAGUCUCUUGGAAUAAUGAGGUCAGGCCACUGGCACUACAGCACAGGAAUGGGGGCAGGAGUACCUCGGACACUCUCACUUGGACAAGUUGGGAGCAUUGCAAAGAAGAUGCUCGCUGAUGUUGGAGGGCAUCUCACAUCAUCUUGCUCCUUAGCUAUAAAUGUGGAGUGUGUGUUGAGCAAUAUUGUAGUCUGUAGCUCCUGCCUGUGUUCCAGGUCCCUCAGUGAAAGAGGUGGUAGUUGUGGCUGCAGUAGCUAGUGGGUGGUGGAUGGUGCACAAGGGGAAGGAAGCAGGUGGAUUAACAUGGGGAAACCAUACAGAAUGGUGAUAUGGAAAAGUCUUGGAGACCCCCAAAUAGACAAGUUGAAGCCUGUUUUUAGGAACACUUUGACCUCCACCCUGAAUAAGCAAGCCUGUCUGGGGAUCCUCUGCUCCAAAAAGUAGUUUUAUGAAUGUUGUGGUGACAGGCUUUCUUGAGACCACACCUGCCAGUUUAGCCACUUAGCACUACUGCAAUGGCAGUAAAGGAUUUGAAAUCCUGCCUCAGAAACCACAGUAUCUUGCAGAAAUUCUUAUUUCUCCUGGUUGCCUCUCCACCUUUGACUUAUCUCCUCUCCAGAUGGGAUAAAAUGCAUUGAACUUGCCAGAAGGGGAGAGGAGAAUUUGUACUUGCCCUGGUUGUGGGAUGGGCUUUUGUCCCCCUCUGGAGAGGAGAAUCCUGUCUUUUCUGAUGUUAUGUCAGAAUCUGCUUCAGGCCAAGAACAUUGUUCAAGACUCACGUGGUUGCUUAUGCUGUUGUGCAAACAGCAUGUAAAUGAAAUGAAUUGUCUUAUCCGUAAUGAGAAUAUUUCAUGCUUUUUUAAUCUAUUAGAUAUGGAAAUAUUUUUUGAAACUGAAAAUGCAGUCAGUAGAAUUUAAAUUGAAACAUAAUACAUGUAAAAUAUAUUUUAGUUGAUAAUUUUGUAAAAUGCACUUUUUUGUGUCUCUUCCCUGGUUUCCCAGAUCUGUAUUUCAGUGUUUACAGAUGGAAUGAGAACAUUCCCUAUACCCUCCUUCUGUGAGAAAGAUAUAUUAGAAGUAAUUCUUAAAAAAAUAAAUUUAAAAAAAUUGUAUUGAUUUAGAAAACAAA